GUUAAUUCCCUUGAAUCGUCAAAAUGGCUGAGCUUCAAAAACGUGUUUUUCACAAAAUUCGCCGAUUUCUUUCUUUUGUAAUCAACGACCAGAAAGUGGCGACUGGCAGUCUCGACCAUUGCCUACUCUCUGCUCCUGAUAUACCGAAGGAACUUUUUGUACCAGCAUUGGACCAUUUAGUAAACCAGUUAACUAAAAUCAAAAGUGAAUUAGAAACCCUAAAGUCUGACCCCCCGACUGAGAUUGAAGAGAUUCCGUCAUCUGACAAUGGUGAUACAUAUACAGAGAUACCCCAGGAAGCUGCACAGACAAACCAAGAAGCCACAAUGCUUCCACAGUUUGCCUCCGGAGGUCAAAAGGUUGAGUUGGAGGUUGAUUCUUCCAUGAGAAAAUCCUGCAUUGAUAAAAAUUUAAUCCAAAUCACAGCAAAUAAAGCUGAGAUAGACAGGCGGAUUGCUGCUUUCAUUGAACAGAAAAGGUUGGACGUUGACGAGGAGAACAAACGGGAAUUUUGCUCGGAAUUCUUUCCUUAUCACAUGGAGAAAGAACACUGUGCUAGAACAGGGGCUGUGUUUGUCCCCCGGUUUGGAACCAGGAGUCAUGUUACUGUGUCUCGUAUAGAAAACAUCAAUGGCCCACAGCUGCACAUCCCCAGCAGUGUCCCUUCCUUUUCGUUGUUCUCCAAAAUUAAACAGGAAACAGAGAACCCAGUUGCAGUGAAACAGGAACCAAGCAACUUGUUUUCAGGAGUUGAAGAACGAGUCUCCAACAUGGCAUCUCACCUCCACAUAGAAUAUGACUCCAAGAAAUCCCAAGUCUUUGACACGUUGAAACAACUGGAAAAAAGGAUUCUGUUUCUGGAAAGUCUCUCACCUGAGUAUUUUGAAUUUCACAAUCAGUUGGCUCCUGAGAGGAAACGGAAACAAUUUGGGAGCAGCAGUGGUGCCAGUAGAAGUGAAAACCACUCCAAUCAGGAUUUGAGUAUGUGGGAAAUAAACCAUCGGAUGAAAGCCCUGCGGGAGUCAUUGAAGCAGAAACGGAUGAGAACUAUGUAGGACGUCACCUGUUGCAGCAUCAUGGCCUCUGCAUCAUCAUUGCCUCCACUCACCCACAGCAUUGGACACCUCUGCCUUCAACAUUACUUUCAUUAUCACCAUCAUCAUCAUCAUCUCUAUAUUUUAUGGGUGCAUCACAUCAUCACCAUCAUCACUACCACCACCACCACCAUCAAUCACCAUCAGUCAUCAUUAACCUCUUAACAUAAACCUCUUAACUUUCAAUUUCCAUGCAAAAAUAUCAUAUUUAAAAAAAUUUAUUUUGAAUUUAUAUAAAAGGAAGAAUCAAUCCACAAAUUAUUUUGGAUCAGUUCUGAUUUAUUAUGAAGUUACUGACACCUCAACUUGCAUGGAAUUUUCAUCCCAAAUUAUUUCAGCUUUUUUUUUUUAGAGCAAAAAAAAAGAAUAACGAAAUAACUGAAAUUACCAAGAAAUCUUUUUACGAUGCAUAUUUUGAAAA